CGCCGCAUGCACUCUGCGACGCCGACUCCCCCGGCGCGGUCGCAUCUCGCGAGUCGCGACACCGACUCCUCGUCACGGCACUGCCCCCGCCACGCCGCCGGUGCCUCCGACGCCGCCUCUCCGUCGCCGCACCGCCACCCCGUCCGGGCCUCCGACGCCACCGAACCGCAUGACGCCGCCUCUCCGUUGCGGCGCCGCCCCCCCCUGGCCUCCGACGCCGUCGCACCCCACGACGCCGCCUCUCCGUUGCGGCGCCGCCACCCCGCCCGGGCCUCCGAUGCCACCGCACCUCCGACAUACUUUCUCAUAUUAGGCGGCGCGUGACUGGAGCGACGGCCGGGACCGAAGCGACCCCAUCGAGCUUCUACAGCGAGGGCCGGGACGACGGCGGCAACCCCGGGAGCGUUGCGACCAUGGCGAUCUACGACUUCCAAGGCGUUUGAUGCGACCACGGCUAUCUACAACAAGGUGUUUUCCUCCUCUAUUUUGGCUCGGAUUCGUGAAAUUGUUUGAGGGGUUCCGUAGCUAGAAUUCUUGAGAGCAAAUUAGAUUCAAUCCUCUCUCAAAUCUCUCGCGAAUCGGCUCGGAUUUUUAGUUUUCCGAAACUCGUGAUCUUGAGAGGGACGUCCGAUUUUUCUCUAAAUUCGCAGCGAAUAUUCAAUCUUUUUGCAAUCCUCUUAUUGCAUAUAUCAGGUCUUUUUUUGUGCAUCUAUGACCGAAAUUUCGCUUGGAUUUAUUGAGAUUCGAGUGAUUAAUUUGAGUUUGAAGUUUUGGUUUUGGCUCUUGCUUUCCCCCUCUUUUCUUUUGUUCUUAUGGCUGCAGGGAUCGACAGGUAUUGUGAGCAAGCGCAGGAGCACAUGGGGGCGCAUGCGACAGCCCCUCGGCGCGCGACGCUCAGUGCGGCGGCGGUCAGCAGCAGCGAGCGCUGCAGUAACCAGAGCACGAGCUGCGCACGCGGCGGCGGCCAGCAGCAGGCCAGCGCUGCUGGCUUCGGCCCAGUUCGUGGGGGAUAAUGCAGGCUAACGCCGAGUUGCCACCGCUCCCAAGCGCACCAUGCCAUCAAUGUCCCCGAGGGGAGGUGGCCGGCGUGGCCUGCGGCGGGGGAGCUGCUGCGGAGAGAGGUGGCGGCGGCUCGUUGAGGUGCUAGCAGAGCUAAAGCGGCCACAGGCACGGGCGCGUGCUGCUGAGCUGCAGCGCCGACUCGAGCAUACCUACAGCAAGCACCACCGCCAUGUCGAGGUGGCGCGCGGCCGAGUCCACGAGAUCGGCGAGCGCCUACAGGAGGGCGAAGCUGCAGCAGCCGCUGCCGCCACCGCUCCCUACGAGCUCGACCAUGAUCGCUCUGCAGCCACUUCGGCCUGUCUUCCUAGUAUGGUGUACUAAAUCAUUUGUCCAUGAGGUGGUAAAAGCUCGGACAAGGUGUGCUGAAGCAACUGCAGCAAGGAACAAAGAAUCAUGGGAUUUAAAGAGCAAUGCUGAGAAGAUUGAAGCAGCUGCCAAGAAGAAAGAUGAAGGCAAUGCUACGUUUAAGAUGGGCAAGUACGCCAAGGCUUCCAAGAGACAUGAGAAGGUAUACUACCUGAUUAUAUUGCUUUUGUUACCAUGCUAAGCAAGUUCAUUCUGAGCUGACAUCACUGUAUAAACAGGUAUGUGGGUAGGCUAUCUGUUACUACUUUCAUUGUUGAUUAGUUGAAUUGAUGUAUGUUUCAGAGCUUUGGGAAUUGAUUUAGCAUGGAUUGAUUGUGGGAAAGUGUAAUGUUAUUUUUAGCUCAAUUUCUCCAUGAUACUUUGUAAACAUUUUGACACUACAGAAUGAGUUCCUGGAGAUUCUGUUGGUUUCAAGGAUCUAUUAUGGUACUGCUAACCAGUGAUGCAUCCAGUUAAUCAUAAACUUUUUUUGCCGAAUAUGUUGUUUAUGUCCAAAAUAUCGUAUCUGAAUACCUGCACUGCUCUAAAUUUGUUGGAGAAAUUUACAUAGGUUUAGUAUCAUGGAUACUAACCUUCUUUCCUUUCUGAAUAUAGUAGGGCGAGAGUAGGCAUCAGUAUUAAACAUCUAUACUAAACAUCGAACUGUCCAUGCCAUGCUGAUAUUGAUGAGAGGACAGACAUCUGAUGUCUAGGAUUCACUCGAUGUCUUGCGGAUUCAUUCUUUAUGGAAUCAUGUAAGUCUACUCAUGGUUUGCAUGAGCAAAUCAGAUAACUCUACCUUAAUUAUUUAUGUGUCAGGCUAAUUUUAACAAAUUUGACAAUUGGUGAUCCUAUCGUGUUGCGUUCUUCAUAAACAUUGUUGGUUGACAUUACCUUCAACUGUUUGUUGAAAUGCCUCUUAAGAGAUGUAUGUUUAUUCUUCUUAGAAUUAGACAACAGUUGCUUAACCUAAUCAUUCAAGUUUGAGUUGCUGCAUAACCUAACCAUUCAACAUCUUGUAGUUCUUCCUUAUUUUUGUUCUAUUCUUUGGUAUGAUUAAUAUUUUCAUAUGUGGUUCUCUACAUGACAUAUGAGCCAUCCCAGUUUUGCAACCCAAAUUGGUUGAUAUAACGAUUUCUGAGUGAAUUAUAAUUCCAUGACACCAUUCCAACUAUAGGUAGCAGAUUUAUUUCAUCUCUAUUUUUUCCCAUCCAACUAUCAGAAUGAUACAAUUACAAACCUAAUCAUGUCUGUCCCUCAUCCAUGGAAAAAAUAUUCAGUAGUUCUUUGAGAUUGGCUGAAACAUUAAUUAUAUAGUUCAUAUAGGGAGGGUCCGUCCUGGACGAUGAUGCUUCAAAUUGUGCUAUUUGAAAUUAUGCCUAACCUUUUGUAUAGCUUUUAAUUUAACCUUCAUACAAAAUAACGAUAUCCUUUUGUUAUACGCAUGCCGAUAGUACAGAUCAUUUUACUUUUAAAGAGCCAGAGGCCCCCUCUCUCGCCUAAGAUGGUCGGGAUUGGCUCAAGGUCUCAUGGUUGUUGCUCAUCAAGUUCAAUGGACAUAUAUGACUGCAUGAUGUGAAUCCAUCUGUGUGAUGUAAUAUAAGAAUUUUAGCAUAAAGAUGGUACUGUAAGAAUUUCUUGGCCUUAGCUAUUUUCUAUCUAACUUCUGGUAAUUAGAUGCAUGAUAGAUGGAUAAGUCAUGUGGAUUUUGGUAGAUUUACAUCAUAUAUUAGUGCGGGGAAGAGGGUGGAGUAGCUGGUUGAAGGAACUGAUGUUGAAAACGAAGGACAACAAGGAUACUAGACUAAUUGGUAAACUUUUUAUUAAAUGUAGCAAAACUACUGAUGAGAACUAUUGCUUUCUAAGUUAUGCUAUGUUUCCUAAAUUAUAAGAUUUUUUUUGUAUGUCCCACGGAUUGAUGAUUAAAGUUCCUCUUUUUCUUCUACACAUGAAAUUUAUUUGGCUACCAUAGCUUAAAGAUAAGAUCGAAUCUAUGUGUGGCAACUAUUUCUUUGAACCUAAGAUUAUUAAUUUUUGCAUAUAUUAGUUAUGAGUGUAAAUAAAGAUUGUUCUAUUACAUCAAAAUUUUGGUUAGUAUCAUAUCAAUGUAUAGCACCCGCGUGUCGCGCGGGCAUGGUUACUAGUUUUUACAAGGAUUAAAGGAACUAGAUCUACUAUAUACUCUUUAUCAAUAGACUUUACAAAAUGUUUAACUACGGCUUCACAAGUCGGAUAUAGGAGCGAAUAAUGUAUUGUAGAUCAGUCCCUCUUUCAUCAUGAUGAUUAAUAGUGACCUUUCACCUUUUUUGUGACUUGAUGUGGGUAUGAUAAGUAUAGAUAUGAUCAUUCAUGAAAAACAUAUGGUGAGUUUGCUCCUAUGCACUCUUAGUUAUUUUAGGAAUGGUUUGCUACUUAAUGAAAUUAUUAUGAUUAGUAAAAGCGGAUAAGCUCAAGAAGUAAUUGAACAGAGGCAUGGAGGAGGGGCAUUGUUGACGGCCAUUAUUUCACCUUUUGACCAUCAACUUCUAUGAAAUAAAUUGAAUUUUACACUAUGUUCCAUUCAUAUUUUACUUAUUUCUAACAAAUUCAACAAGUUUUGAAUGAGUUGUGCGUGCGGGAGACUAUGUACCAAAAAUCGGGCAAAAUUUCCAUGCCGCCCGGCCUAGUACCUCUUCACAACGUGAUCAAGCGGCAAAGAAACACAUUCACAUUGCCUCUGAGCCAUGGAUUGGAAGUCGGUUUGAUUGAAUGAAUUGAAAGGCAUCAACCUUGGAUCAAAGUGCCCACUUUCAUGCAAGAACUCAAGCAAACAUCAAUGCUCCACUACCCUGGAUGAAGUACAACCCUUGAUCAACAAUGUUGGCGAAACAGAGGACCGAGAAGCGCCAGAGCCAGGCCGGCUAGCCUUGCAACAGUUCUGCUUCGGACCGACACAACUGAAUACUAACCCCAAGAGCUUGAUCUAAGACGUUCACCAGCAGGGCGGUGCCACGCGUUGCCAUCCCCAGGCCGGCUAGCUUAGGGGGGUUGGCUGGCCUCUCUUUGUAGCCACUCAGCCUCCACACUUGCAUUCCACUGGCAUGGAAUGCACGUCAACCGCCAUACCUGCUUACAACCGUUGCAACCGUCCAAGUACCGACGUCCAACUAGUAUAAAUAGGGGGAGGGGGUCACUCCUCACUUGUAAACACACCAAAAGUGCUCUUCUCUCUUCACUUUCUAGAGUAGGUUUAGUAAUUGGGAGUUGUUGAGUCAAGCUUAUCUCGGGAUUCCAUAGUCGUUGAAAGUUUGGUAUAAGCUCUUGUAUCUUUCUUUUGACUUAUUAAAUAUAAAUUAUCUUCUU